AUGGCAGCUCCGACUCAGCUUGCUUACCGCACGGUGAAGGAUAUCGGCAUCCUAGAUGCUGCGCCGGUUUACGAACCCUUGCCCGGUUUUGUUAGACCAGAAGGGAACCUGCGUUGUACCGCAUACUCUGCCUGCGGCCGAUAUUUCGCUUGGGCAGCCCCAGAAGGUGUCACCGUCAUCGACCCUUCUGUCGGCCAUAUAAUCACCCAGCUUCCCGCAGAAAACGUCUAUGAGAUUGAUUUCUCGCCGCUGGGCACCUACCUUAUCACCUGGCAACGGCCAUCCAAGGAUGCCAACGGCGACGCAGUCCGGAAUCUGAAGGUGUGGAAAGUCGUAGAAUGCGCACGGGGAGCCAACAAUGAUGACACGCCAGACGAACACACGGUUAUUGGUAGCUUCGUGCAAAAAUCGCAGACAGGCUGGAAUCUGCAGUAUGCAUCAGACGAACAGUAUUGUGCUCGUGUCGUGACAAACGAGGUUCAGUUCUACGAGAGUGGGAACCUCUCUACAGUUUGGAAGAAGUUGAGGGUUGAGGGAGUCUCGGAUUUUGCCCUUUCGCCAGGCAAGGGGCAUGCCGUUGCCACCUUUAUUCCGGAGAGAAAGGGCCAACCUGCUUCCGUCAAAAUAUUUGAUAUGCCCAACUUCAGUGCCCCAGUAUCCCAGAAAUCUUUUUACAAGGGUGACAAGGUGCAGCUGAAGUGGAAUAAUACGGGUACCACCUUGAUUGUCCUCGCCCAGACAGACGUAGAUAAGAGCGGCAAGAGUUACUAUGGAGAGACCACCUUGUAUCUCCUCAGCGUCACUGGGGCGUUUGAUUCUAGGAUCGACUUGGACAAAGAAGGCCCAAUCCAUGAUGUUACGUGGUCGCCAACUUCCAAAGAAUUUGGUGUCGUGUACGGCUACAUGCCUGCAAAGACCACCAUCUUCAACACCCGUGGGAUAGCUACGCACUCUUUCCAGCUUGGCCCACGAAAUACGAUCCUCUUCUCUCCACACGGCCGUUUUGUCCUUGUUGCCGGUUUCGGUAACCUGGCUGGCCAAAUGGACAUCUACGACGUGGAAAAGGAUUACAAGAAGAUUGUCACUGUUGAAGCCUCCAACGCCAGUGUCUGCGAAUGGAGUCCAGAUGGCAAGCACAUCCUCACGGCAACGACUAGCCCCCGCCUGCGUGUUGAUAACGGUGUCCGCAUCUGGCAUAUUUCCGGUGCUCUGAUGUAUAACGAGGACAUGAAUGAGCUGUAUUCCGUCUCGUGGAGACCCCAAUCUCCUAACAGCCAUCCGCUGGGAUCGAAUCCGCUCCACCCAAUGCCUAACCCGCACCCUUCUGCGCUAGCAUAUCUGAGCACCAAAAAGGCGCCCACCAAGCCCGCAGGUGCAUACCGGCCGCCUGGUGCUCGAGGACAAAGCACACCCUUAGCUUUCCGUCGCGAAGACGAAGGUGGUGCCGCAUUCGUACGUGAUGGUGCGUCGCCAUUCGGCUCGAACAGCGGUCCAGCCGCAAGCCCCUUUGGAAAACCACGCCGUCGUGUUGUGCCUGGCGCUGAGCCAGCGGAAGAGUUCUUACCACCCGGAGCCGCUCCGGGAGGCGGUGUGGCUCUUCCCCCUGGAGCUGAUGCCAGCGCAAACGCAAACGAAAAACUGUCCAAGUCGGCCGCGAAGAAUAAGAAGAAGCGAGAGGCUAAGAAGGCCAAGGAGGCCAACCAGGGAGGAGAAGCUGGCGAAGCGUCCAUCCCCACGGCUCCCAGUGCGGACAGGCGAGACCGCAGUCGCUCCCGAGGACAUAGGCAGCAGCCCAGCGGUGGCGCGAACGGUAAUAACGUCAACGGCCCCAACCUUGGGCCUAAUUAUCCUCGCGGCCCUCGCGACCGAAGCAGAAGCACCCACCGCCGCCAGCGCAGCGAUGGGCGCAACAACCGUAAUGGUAACGGUAACGGUAACGGCCAGCAGCCUCAAGACCGUCGUGCGCCAGCUGUCAAUGUCAACACCGGUGCACACCAGCAGACUACACCACCAGAUCUAACUGUUACCUCGCCUGAUGGCGGUAAUACAGCCAACGCCGCACCGGACGCUGCGGCUAUUGCUCGGGAGAAAAAAAUGCGCGGUCUGCUAAAGAAGGUCCGUGCCAUUGACGAGCUGAAGAUGCGUGUUGCUGGUGGAGAGAAGCUGGAGGAGACGCAGAUGAAGAAAAUAUAUACUGAAGACUCGUUUGGCGGGAUGAACCGGCUUCCGAAUGGCAGCGGCCGGAGUCGCCUUCGCGGUGGCAUUGAGAUGUCACAUAUGCCCUGGCAGGUACAGGAGCAGGAGAGGUCCAGAGUGCCUCCGCUAGCGAGGAUGUUGAUGUCCGGCGAGAUGAGCGGAGACCCGCCGAGGAGUUUGAAUAUGAAGGAGAAGUUUGAUAGAUGGAUGGUGAAUGACGGAUGGAGGAGGCUAUUCGUCGUCAUCUUUGCCCUGGUACACGUUCUACUAUUUGUACUUGGUAUGCUGAAUUAUGGUCUAAAGGAUAAUCUCAGCAAGGCUAGAGGAUUGCUCGGGUCCAGCUACCCCAUUGCCAGGGCGGCUGCAUUAGUCCUUCACUUCGACGUUGCUGUCAUUUUAUUUCCUGUCUCUCGUAACCUUAUUUCCCUUUUGAGGAGAACCCCCUUGAACGGAAUUAUCCCGUUUGAUAAGAGCAUAUCAUUCCACCAGAUAACGGCAUGGUCCAUCGUCUUCUUCUCUAUACUCCACACCGUCGCUCAUUGGGUCAAUUUCGCCCGAAUCGCAGCCGCCCAGGGCCUAGGAGCAACAGGCUUCUUUCAACUCAAUUUCACCACCGGCCCUGGCUGGUCUGGGUAUGUCAUGCUGAUAUCCCUGAUAGCAAUUGCGGUGACAUCCCUUGAAGGCCCGCGAAGAGCCAACCACGAGCGUUUCUGGAACACGCAUCAUCUGUUUAUCAUCUUUUUCAUCUUCUGGUCAUUCCACGGAGCGUUCUGCAUGAUCAAAUCGGACCUACCGCCAUUUUGCGAUGGGAUAGGGGUAUUUUAUCUCUACUGGGUAUUUGGUGGGGCUGUAUAUUUACUAGAACGCCUCAUGCGCGAGGUUCGCGGCAAGCACAGGACCACUAUUACGAAGGUCGUACAGCAUCCAAGCAAUGUCUUUGAGAUCCAGCUUCGAAAGGAGAAGACAAAGAUGAAGCCAGGACAGUACAUACUGAUAUGCUGUCCUGUGGUGUCAAUAUGGCAAUACCACCCAUUUACUCUCACCAGCGCCCCUGAAGAGGACCACAUCUCGGUCCACAUACGCUGUGUUGGCAACUUCACCAAGGACCUCGCCAAAGCUGUCGGGUGUGACUUUGACCAGAAGGAGCCGCGAGUGAGCACGCCCUUCUACGAGCAACGCAACAAACGCGAGUCGACCGUGAUCGGCGUCGAUGCCAAUACUACAGAGCCAGACAUCGACCCGAGACUGCGCCGUAUACUACCGCGCAUAUUCAUCGACGGCCCCUUCGGCAGUGCAUCCGAGGACGUGUUCAAAUUCGAAGUAGCUGUGCUGGUCGGUGCCGGGAUCGGCGUCACGCCCUUUGCUUCGAUCCUGAAGAGUAUCUGGUAUCGAAUGAACCAGCCUCAGAACAAGACACGGUUGAAGAAGGUGUAUUUCUUCUGGGUCUGUCGGGACUUUGGCUCGUUUGAAUGGUUUAGCUCGCUGUUACUCGCUAUAGAAGCACAGGAUAAGUAUAGUAACAUCGAGAUCCACACGUAUCUGACGGCCAAGAUCCAAGCUGACGAUGCAACGAACAUAAUGAUCAACGACGUCGACGCUGACCGGGACGCCAUCACCGGCCUCCGUGCCCCGACGAACUUUGGCAGGCCAAACUGGGACAUGGUGUUUCGGUCUAUUCGAAAGAUCCAUACUCCGGCAGAGGCAGGCGUGUUCUUCUGUGGUCCCAAGGCCCUCGGAAGCGUGCUGCAUGUCAAGUGCAACAUGUACUCUGAGCCUGGCUUUAAUUUUGUCUGGGGCGAGGAGAAUUUCUAA